AUGUCGCCGCUUCAGGGGAUUAUGUCGGCUUCUAAGGAUAUUUUCACAUUCGUCAGAAGGCAAACAUUCGAAUCGGAGCCCCAUAGAACAUUGCAUGCAGUCAACGACGCCAGACGAAGCCUGCCGGGCUUUUCACAAGACAUCAAUCCAGACACCCUUGCUGGGGUAACCGUGAAGGUCGAAGAGUCAGAUCAGAACUUCGGCACGUGGCAGUUGGUCACUCACGACCAAAGCUCUCCGCUCCCAAGCAUCGAGGAAAGCUUGUCAAUUGGCGAGUCACCGCCUCAAAGUAUGGGGAGCACCAUGCCCGCCACGCCCCUCGACGUUGAUUAUAGUUUUUCGCCUUUCCCAAAAUCGAGUAGUCAAUUCGAUCGAAACGAAGCACCGGAGAGAUCCCAGGUGCCGAUGUAUCAGAGUAUCAGGGAUGGCUUUGAUACAAGAGAGAUCAACGGCUUCACCAAGCUACAGAGCACGAGGCGGCGAAAGAGAUCACCAGCCCCGCCUGGAAUAGGCUCUCUUCCUGUAUCUUGCGGCAUCAAAUCUGCAUCAUUUCGAAGCAAUACAAAGAGUACGAGGAUGCGCGAAAGAUUUGUCAUCGACUCUGAUCUACAAGAAAUUACCAGAGUCAGGGCUUCAUCUAAAGCAGUCGAUCUACUGGCGAUGCCAGAGUCCCAAGGAGAGGCAACUUUGAAUUACUUCCACCAUACCAAGAGGAACAAUAUCAACGAGGAUUCCGGAAGCCCCAGAGUCUUACCAUCCCUCCGCACCAUCGAAGUAUUGCCACGGCAUAGAAGAUCGAGACACCGUUCCGGUAAACUAUUCAUCUUAUCUGAUGAUGUUGAAGAGAUCGAGCCCGCAAGACACGACGCCUUACAGUCGGACCGAGCGUGCGCAGUCUCCCGUGGUGAUUCUCACGUAGGCGCAUCAAGCCUCUCGCGGGAGGCUUCAGCCACAGCGCUGGUUGGCGACGUUUUUGACGACGAGCUGGGUACGAAUCAGCUGGCAGCAACAGACAGUACAACACCGGCCAACACCAUGACUAAGAUGAAGCCAGAUGCCGAACAUAAGACCUCCCUUGGUCUCAUGAACACCGGGGAAACAUAUGUAGAUGGAGAAACCCCAAAGGCUUGGCCGGCUGGGUUACAGGGAGAAUCGGUUUGGACUGGCGCAUUCACAGACCUUAGACCACGUCCCAAUGGAACCUUUUCCAGCGAAAGGCAGAGUUAUCAAAAACAAGAACAAGGCGCACCUAGUUGCUAA